GUCUUUUUAUUCCACUUGUAUGUGCCAUCUUAAGCUGAGAUUCUCUCUGUGUAUUUGUUAUAUUUGGCUUCCAUUUCCAACAAGCUCGUAACAUCAAGAACACUAUAAUUAGAAACCCAGGUCGUUGAUCCGUGAGGCCAAUGUUUCCAGCUCCAGUCAUGUCAAAUUUAACUUCAUUAACGGAAGAAGCUAGCUGUGCUUCUUUUGCUAGCUUAUAUCCACUAGCGCCGUCGAACAUCGUGUCUCCUGCAACUGAUCAGCAACCUCAGAAGAUCAAGAAGAAAAGAAACCUCCCUGGAAACCCCGACCCGGAUGCCGAGGUGAUCGCGCUAUCGCCAAAGACACUACUAGCCACCAACAGAUUCGUCUGUGAAAUCUGCAACAAAGGGUUUCAAAGGGACCAAAAUCUGCAGCUACACAGGAGGGGUCACAAUCUUCCCUGGAAAUUAAAGCAGAGAAACAACAAAAUUCCGAUAAAAAAGAAAGCUUAUGUUUGCCCCGAGCCUUCAUGUGUGCAUCACAAUCCGUCAAGAGCUCUCGGAGAUCUUACAGGGAUCAAGAAACACUUCAGCAGGAAACACGGGGAGAAGAAAUGGAAGUGCGAGAAGUGCUCAAAGAUUUACGCAGUUCAAUCGGAUUGGAAAGCUCACACUAAAACAUGUGGAACCAGAGAGUACAUGUGUGAUUGUGGGACUCUUUUCUCCAGGAAAGAUAGCUUCGUCACUCAUCGAGCAUUCUGUGAUGCCUUAGCUGAAGAAACCGCCAGACUCUCUGCAGCAAAUAAUGUCCCUAUACUAAUGUCAUCAUCGACCACAUCACCAUUGCUCGCAACUCCUCCUCCUCCUCUGCCAGAUCAGCCGCAGCAGCACCACCCUUUCUCGAUUCUCUCUAACCCUAAUUUCUUCAGCACCAAAUUGCCCGAAGAGCAUAAACAAAAAAACGUCGAAAAUGAUCCACAGUUCCGGUUCUCACUAAGCCCUUGUGACGACCUACUGACUCGAAACCCUAAUCUCAGCCCUAAUUACGGGCUCAAUAAUAUGAUCAAGCGUGAAACAAACGAGAUCAGUCACAUUAAUUCUUCACCGCUAUCCACAUUCUACCAAGACAUUACUACGCCGCCAGCUUACACGAACUCGAUGAUGACGUCAUCUCCUUUUCGGAGCCUCCCACAAGGACUUGCCACCUCAUCAGCCCAUCUCUCGGCCACCGCGCUCCUCCAGAAGGCCGCGACGAUGGGACCAAAGCCAGCCACCAUGAGCCGCAAUGUGGGCCAUGUAGGCUCCCCAAUCGCCCCGGACUACGCGGAUAAUUAUGCCACGUGGCAGCACAAGAGUGAGCAUGGCAUGACAAGGGAUUUUCUAGGGCUGACUGGAUCGGGGAAUAGCCGAAAUGUUGAUGUGAACGUUAAUGUGAAUGUGAAUGGGAGGAACUUGGUAUCGUUUACGAGGGGCAUAGAGUUGCCACCCUAUCAACAUGAUCACUCGCGGAUGAGGACUCAUCUCGGGUUUGGAGCCGAGCGCCGACCCGGAUCCGAAACUUGGGGAAAUUAUUAGGUUUUCGGUGAGCACUUGAGCUUGUUCGAGAUUACAGAAGUUUUUAUUUAUAUUUGCAUUUGUAAGACUGCCUGAACACCUCCCUGUUGGUUGAGAAAUUUCAAGUUUUGGUAAUAAUUAUGGCGGAAUAUGUACUAAGUAUUUAAUUUA